ACCCCUGUUUGCAGUAAUAAUCCUGCACAGGUCCUUGCAAAACCAGCUUUCAUGGAAGUUUGAAUCAGGGCUAAAGGUAACAACAGUUGCCCGGGAGCUGAUGACAUGUCCACCAGGGUUGCCGUGGUAACGGGCAGUAACAAGGGCAUCGGUCUGGCCAUCGUCCGGGCGCUCUGCAAGCAGUUCCAGGGAGACGUUUACCUCACCGCCAGAGAUGUCGGUCGCGGUCAGGAGGCAGUGGAGUCUCUUGUCUCAGAGGGACUGAAGCCCAUGUUUCACCAGCUGGACAUCAACGACCUGAGCAGCAUCACCACCGCUGCUGCUUACUUCAAAGACAAGUAUGGAGGAGUGGACGUGCUCGUCAGUAAUGCUGGGAUAGCAUUCAAAGUGGCAGACAAAACUCCCUUCGCAGUCCAGGCAGAGGUGACCCUUAAGACAAACUUCUUCGCCACCAGAGACAUGCUGACUCACUUCCUGCCGAUCAUCAAAUCGGGAGGUCGCGUGGUGAAUGUCUCCAGCUUCGUCGGCUCCCGUACUCUAAACCAGUGCAGCCCCGCCCUCCAGCAGCGUUUCCGCAGCGAGGACAUCACAGAGGACGAGCUGGUGGGACUGAUGCAGCAAUUCGUCGACGAGACCAAGAAGGACCAGCACAAGCAGGGCGGCUGGCCUGAGACGGCGUAUGGGGUGUCCAAGACUGGACUGACGACCCUGUCCAUGAUCCUGGCUCGUCGUCUGUCCAAGGAGAGACCGAAUGACGGGAUCUUGCUGAAUGCCUGCUGUCCAGGAUGGGUGCGCACCGACAUGGCUGGUCCGAAAGCCCCCAGGUCACCAGACGAGGGCGCCGUCACUCCGGUCUACCUGGCCCUGCUGCCGCCCGGAGCCACAGCGCCUCACGGAAAGUUUGUCAAUGACAAAGAAGUUCAGCCGUGGUGAAAGGGUUAAAGGACUGUGUGUGUGUGUGUGUGUGUGUGUGUGUGUGAGAGUGCACACGUGUGUGUGUGUGUGUGUGUGUGCGUGUGCAUUGAAUGCAACAAUAAUCACGUUUUACUCUUUGGAAGUGCUGGUUAAUUGCAAGUGUUUUUGACAGAGCUCCAUUUUUGCUUUGUUUCACUUUUCCUCCAGUUGUAUAAAUAUUUUUAUAUUUUGUUACACGGAAAGAAGAAAUUUUGCCUUGAAAUGGAUGAAAGUUAAAUGUUCUGAAAUCAAAGAAAAUGCUUUUCCACAAUACAGUGGAUUUUCAUCAAGAUUCCACAUUGCUUUCAUGUCAAAAACAAUAAAUGAACUUCAGAAUAAACAA